GGGGCGGGACGGGGAAGGCGGGAUCGCGCCGGGGUUUGAACGCGGGGCGCAGCGCCCAGCGGGGACCGGGCCGGAUCGAGGGGCCGUAGGGCUCCAGCACGGCCCCUGCUGUCCACGCCCGUGGCCUGUAUGGCAAGCAGCAGCCAGAAACGGAUAAUCCAAAUAACUGGAUUUAAAAAAAAAGAGAAAAAGGCCCUGCUCAAAUGGCUGUUUAAACUGAACUGUGUAUUUAUAGAUAGUAAGAAAUACAGAAAUUGUACACAUCUUGUAGCAAAAAAGCUGUGCAAGAGUGAAAAGAUCUUAGCUGCCUGUGCUGCUGGAAAGUGGGUACUAACUAAGGAGUACAUAAUUAAUAGUGCUGAAAGUGGCAGAUGGCUUGAUGAAACAACGUACGAAUGGGGAUAUGAAAUUGAAAAAGACACCCAUUAUUCACCUCAAAUGCAAUCUGCACCUAAAAGAUGGCGCGAAGAACUGACAUUCUCUAGUGCUCCAGGGGCCUUCCACAGAUGGAAAGUUGUCCUCCCUGUUAAGGAAGGUGAUAAACGAAUGGCAUCUAUUAGAAGAGUUCUUCAAGCUGGAAAGGCAACCAUAUGUUCACCUCAUAAUGCAGAGCACAGUAUAACGCAUAUAUUCAUCGAUAAUAACGUUUGUCCUAUGCAAAACAAAAAAUGUCUCUCAGAAGCUCAGUACUACUCUUUGCAAUAUCUAGGACAUUACCUCUUUGAGAAUGAAAUACAAAAUACUGAAGAUAUCCAAAUGAACUAUGAAGAUAUCCAAAUGAACUAUGAAGAUAUCCAAAUGAACUAUCCAAAUGAACCAGACCGAGCCAUGUCUAAAAUGCAACUUACUAGAAUGAAAAAUGCCAUUAUAAAACAUAUGUAUUUUGCAGCGACUGUUAUCCACAGAUUUGCUCAAACAGACCAGCUGAACAAAUGCAAUCCACAGGUUAAAAGUACUGAUUUGUCCAGAGGCAGUUGGUAUAUACUUCAAGGAUUAGUGGAAGAACAUUUAUUUCCUGAUGUAAUCACAGAACUUGCUGCUGGCCAGAAGUACCGUAUACCUCCCGUGCAACUUCUUCAUUCUCUUCUAGAGUAUUUCCUAUUGGGAAAUGCUGAUGCAGUAUUUUUUGCCAAAGUUUGUCACGUUUUGUACCUUAUUCUCCAACGUGAUCCUCCCUGGAAGUCCCUGUCUAUGUUGAAGUAUUAUUUGGAUCUUCUUCAGUGUCCUAUCUGUAAGAAAGGUACAUGGUCUUUGAUAGAGAUGCUUGUAAGGUCUUGCCUUUAUGGCAAAACCGUUUGUCAUGUGGAACCAGUUUCAGGGAGAGAAGAUGAACAGAAGAUAGUUCACAAAACAUUAUUGAAGUUUUUCUUUGAUUUAGUAAAAGCUGAAGUAGAGUUUCUGAAAAAAAGUUUGGUUGAAGGGAUCAAUUCACAGCAUCAGCAAGUCAUGCCACAGACAGUUCUUUUGAAGACAUUUUGGCUAGGAAGCGGAACCUCAGUGCUUUUUACCAAACACAUAAAUAUUCUAGCAGAUUGGGUCAUACUUUCCCACAGAGAAUUGAACAGAAAAAAUGAUGCUUUCAGAUGUGAAAUUGCUGGUCUAUUAAAUGCAAUUCUUGGAACUGUAGUGGAGUAUUGGAUCAUCUCAGGUUUCCUUAUGGACAGAAAUGUGUUUCGUCAAAUAGCUGAUGAUUUGGCACAGUACCUUGCCAUUUCGUCUGAUGAUUUUUCUAUAUGUGAACUAAAAAUGUUCAUUUGUGCCAUACCAUCCCUCUGGCUUCAAAUGUUUGUUUCAGAAGCAAUUUUAAAACACAUGUGUUUACAGAGGAAUAUAGCUGUUCCUACAGAACCUCUUUCUCUUCAGAAAAUAGUCUGUUCCUAUUUGCCUGCUUUGAGAGAGAUAGCAUUGCAUGAGACAAAGAUACACAAAGCAAAGAAAAAGAAAAUAGGGCAACAUCCAUGCCCUGAGUCUCAAAGGGCAUUACAGAUGCUAAAUGGCGAUAAGCAGAACCAAGUCAAAGUGCUGCCUGAUCUACCAGACCUAACCUUUAAUAAGCUUACAGCAAAAGCAGAAGUUCAGACUGCACACACCAAGGAGAAUUGUUAUCUUUUGGAUGAAGAGGUAUACAAGAGAAAUAUUAAAGGAGAGACAGCCCUGCAUAAAGCUUGCAUAAGUAACAACGUGGAGAGAUUGAUUCAGCUUCUCUCUUUCCCUGGAACAGACAUUAAUGUUAAAGACUAUGCUGGCUGGACGCCUUUGCAUGAAGCCUGUAACCAUGGCAGCACAGUGUGUGUCCGUGAAAUUUUGCAGCGUUGUCCAGAGGUAGACCUGCUCAGUCAAGUGGAUGGGGUGACUCCUUUGCAUGAUGCACUGUCAAAUGGACAUGUAGAAAUUGGCAAGCUGCUACUUCAGCAUGGGGGACCAGUCCUUCUACAGCAGAGAAACUCCAAUGGAAAACUGCCACUGGAUUGUGUUGAGUCAGUAGCAUUAAAGGAAGAACUUUUGAAUCUUGUUCACCCAGAAGAGAGCAUUGAAAGCUUUUAUGAAUGUAUAGAACAAGAGUUUUGCAGUCAGCAGAGAGAACUGUGUUUGAUUUUAUUUAAUAAGCUGCUGCUGAAUUUUUGCUCAGUUUAUAAUCUCUCUUCACCCUUGACUUUAACUCUCAGAGAGGUAGCUUGUUCAAAUGUACUUGCAAUAAUGGCUUAUGAUAACUCCAAGAUGAAAAACACAUUUUCUGAAGAUUGGUUAGUAAAUACAUAUUUUAAAGAGCUAGAAACUUUUCAAAAGCUACCACAAUUUCUUCAAGAAAUAUCUGCAAACAUGUUUUUAUUCCCUGGAGAACAGAUGAAAGUCUUGUUAGCGACUCUGGAAACUAUGGUAGAAGCAUAUCAGCUCUUAAAUCUUUCUAGCAGUUAACUUCUAAACAAGACACACUGGCUGAAUCUUGAUUGUUAACCCUUGAUGUUGGCCUGGCUUUUUUUCUGGCAACCAAAGAAGUACAAAUUUCAUAGCCCUACACAAGACCUACAUGUUGCAAUCUCCCACAUUGUUACUAUUUUCUUCUAGCAGAUCCUGGAAUUCAGAAACAAUGCUUCUGCGCAGUUUUCUGGCAAAAUUUUUCCUGUACUUGCUUCACAGACCUAGAUGUC